AUGUCGCAGAGCCCAUAUCACGUCGGUUCCAUAUCUCAACCCGAAGUGUUCGAGCCAUGGGAAAACAACUCGCUGUACGCUCCAACCCCUGGAUACAUUCGUAGUCCCUACGCAACGCGGUCCAACUACAGUCCCUCCUCGCCUGGUGGGCUUGAGAAUCAGUCACAACCAGAUACUCUCAGGCUGCUCCAGUUGUCCGAAUGGGAGGACGGAAGAGAUUACAACCAGGACCCGCCGACCUGUAUUCACUACCGUAUAGAGUGGCGAGUGACCGUUAACAACCGGGAGGUGUCUAAGGACACGGAGGAAGACCUCGUUUUGGCUCCCAGUGCCUACUGGCGGCUGUUCUUAGAGAAGAAGCUAGAGAAGGUUCUUCGGCGUAAAAUUGCCCGCCAUCGGAUGGUGAGAGCUGAUGACACUGCCAUUGUCGUUUCAGUGAAUGAUCGUACACAGCGCAAUCUGACUAAACGAUUUGACGACACCGAAAUCAUUUGGACUGCCAUCGAAAAGCAGCUCCUGAUGUGGUCGGGUCUGUUCUCCAGGGGUAAGGAACUCACACUGAAGAUCUGUUUCAACUACGUAGACAAUCGUCAUUCCCCUGCAGCCGUCGGUCGGAAAGUGGAGAAAAGAGGAAAAUCCUCUGUCACGAGCAGGAUGCUCGAUGAAAGAGAUGCCCAGCUGGAUGCGGAGGAGGAUGCCUCGGGACAAAAGCCAGUCUGGCGCAGCGUUUAUAAUCUGAUGCGAUGCGCUUCGUCGACAUGCCCUUGGGGCCCCUAUUGUUGGGUGGAUCCAGUGGGGAAAAAGCACUAUCAACUGAAAACUCAUCACUUGAGACGCCUAGUCACCUACGUUGAAAAAGGUGGUAUCUUGGAUGGUCACAAGGAUGUGCCGGAAACGGUACGCGAGGAAUUAUUCAUGGAAGAGCAGCAGAGACUGGAGAAGAGUCAUCGCAAAGGUGGACAUAUCAUCGGAAAUGGAGUACCGUAUCCUCCUAUCAAUAUCAAUGUCCUGCCUUCGCAGUCUUUGGUCUCUGGAUCUGACAUUUCGGCUGCCCAAGCUGUUGACUUGAAGUCUUCAAGCCCGCUCGAGAUCCCUGGAUCUAGAGACGAAGCAGUCAAAGAAUAUAGUGAGUGGCAGGUGUCAAAUGUCACUGAUGACACUCUCAAGGCUGCAUUUCGACAAGUCUGUGACUUGAUGCUCGAGGAUGGUCUUGACCUUGAGCAGGUCUACAAGGAUCAAGACCCAGGAUUUUUCAUCGGCAAGGGAAUAAAGAUGGGCAUUGCUCGACGUUUCGUAGAAGACAUUCGGCGCUGGGUCGAAAACGUGAAGAAAGCAAUUCCUAUUCAUGAAAUAAUUUAG